AUGGUGGUUAGUGUCUUCGUGGACACCAGUGGCACCUGCAAACCCGGUGCAACCACUAAUUUGCAGAAACCCAAGAAGUUCCUGGGCAAUGGAGUUUUAAUCACCCGUGAUUAUGCAAAGUACAAGGGUCCAGUGAUAAAAAUGAUGGAGAGAAUCACAAAUUCUCCAUCGAUUGAUCUGAAUCUAAUCCCACCGAACUUUGUACGUGGUCAGCAUUUCCCAUCGAUUAUCUGUCCACGCAUAUUGGAUCCCAAACCUGACGAGGUUGUUUUAGACAUCUCUGGAUAUGCAGGGAUGGAAACAUCUCACAUUGCUGCACUGAUGGGAAACAAGGGAAAAGUCAUCGCACUUCAGAGGGAUGCCGCUAGGAUUGACCAAUUCACAAAACGUCACAAGGAGUUCGGAUGUACCAACAUCCGAAUUUUCCAUCUUGAUUUCGAGAAAUUGGUUAAACAGAAUGGGGCCAAGAACAUCAAAGAUUUUGAUUAUCGACCACCCUUUCCAAAGGGCAGUUUUGACAGGAUCCUUGUGGAUGCAGAUUGCAGUUAUCUUGGAUUAAGACCUUUGAUUUUCUACCCUCAGAAUGGACGAUCAAUGGCCAGUUGGCAACCCCGUCAGAAGAAAUUAUUCACUUCU